GAGCAUUUUUGUUGUUUUCUCAAAGGAUUGUUUUGGAAAACAGACAACUUGUGCGCUUCGCUUGAGUGCCGGAGACACUGAUGUCUUCAUUUGGCUCCUCUCGGCCGGAGAUGGUGGAUCUCUCUCGGAUUUCCAGCACACAAACGUAGCAUCCAAUUUUUUUACGCAUCUGUGGCACCCUGUCCACUGUCUUCUACACCUCGCCUUGGACUCCUUCGAGAGUGGAGAGACGCAUGGUUUGCUCGGUGCGCAGGGUCGGAUUGUGAAAACUGGCACACUACCUAGCCUAUAUCUGCUUUUCUUUCCGUUUUGUUUGGACUAAAAGCUGAAUUUGAACCCGCUCUGGGGACAUUUGCUCAUCGAUGUUUUUGAAAUAGUUCACUCAGUCAAGUCAGCUGGGGACGCUAAAUGAAGAGUUUGGAUUGUAACAUCAACAGCCAAGCGAGUUUCAAGUCCUCAUGGGCCAUAUGUAAGCACACACCAGACAAAGUGUGGAUCAGAGCCUCUUGACAUGAUGACACAGUUAUUAAUACAGAAUGAAUUGGGCUUUCUUUAUAGGAACUGAGUCUAAAAUGAAGUUAUGGGAUGUUUUGGCCACGUGUUUGUUGCUGCUGAGCUCUGUUGCUACAAGGCCUCUGUACCAAAGCACUCAUCCAGCCAAGAGGACUUACUUUCCCAGCAGCAGUGAUCCUGCGUUCCUGUCUGUGGAAGACGAAGAGCCACUGUUCCAGCGCAAGGAGCGCAAACUGAAGGACAUCUCAAUGGAGGAUCAGUAUGAUGCUGCAGGUCUCUACCCCGAUCAGUUUGAGGACGUUAUGGAUUUUAUCGAGGCGACCAUCAGCAGGCUGCGGAGGUCAUCAGAGCCCGGCGUCGGCUCCAGAGGCCGGCGGGAGCAGAAGCAGAGAAAAGCCGCAAGCUCAGGAGGCAGCAGAAGGGAUGAAGGCAGAGGGCACGGAGUCAAACGGAAGAGCAGAGGUCGAGGAGGAGGUCGCGGCGGCAAAGGAGGCAGAGGCGACAAGGGGAAGGAGGGGAUAUACGUUCAGAGCCGAGGCUGCCUGCUGAAGGAGGUCCAUCUCAACGUGACGGAUUUGGGGCUGGGAUACCAGACUAAGGAGGAGCUGAUAUUCCGAUACUGCAGCGGCCCGUGCGCCGAGGCGGAGACCAACUACGACAAGAUCCUGAACAACCUCACACACAACAAAAAGCUGGACAAGGACACGCCCUCGCGUACCUGCUGCCGGCCAAUCGCCUUCGACGACGACCUGUCCUUUUUGGACGACAACGUGGUGUAUCACACCCUGAAAAAGCAUUCAGCCCGGAAGUGCGGCUGCGUUUGACUCAACCCCAAGCAUGAGCAGCAGCCGCGGGACCCCGCCCCCUUUUUUAAAACCUGCUGUUGCAAAGGGAAGGAUUACUGUUGGAAAUGUAUGCAAAAGGUCAAAGGAGGAUCACACGGCCUCAUAUUUAAGAGGAGUGAAUAACUCUGGAACUGCCCAUCAAAAGCAAACUCGAGCAUUUUGUCUGUGUGCGUCCAGAACGGUAUCAGGUGUGCACCGCCUCGAAGAACAUGAAACACUGCUACACCUUCAGGAGGAGGAGCUCUUCCUGUCUUUCUUUCCUUGCUUGUUGGCAGUCGGAAGAUCUGCAUCUGGAUGUUAACCGAAACAUCGAGCCAAGGAACCACACCAGAGAGCAACUGCAUUCAAAUCCACUCCUAUAUAUAUAUAUAUAUAGUAAGAGGUAUAUUUAUUAAGAUGAAAUUAACUUAUUGUUAUUUAUUUCAAUCCAUUUUAUGAGAGAAUUUGUCUUUUUUUGUAUUUAUUUAACAGCUUUGCUCGUCCUGGAUGGUGCCUAAGUAGAGCGUCAGCGGCUAACGUACACUCCCACACAUAUUAGUGUUGCUUUUUGUAUGACAUUUAGAUUCCAGGGGUUUGUUUGGUUGUUUUUUUUCCUCCCCCAAAUGAUCAGCGUUAGUCAUCCGGAUAGCUAGAAAUGCAGAGACAGGGACCAAUACAGGAGAUCUGAUCGAUUGUUUGGAAUGGUUUUUAUGUGCUCGUUCCUCUUGACCGUGACCACUCUGGAUCCAGCCUCAAAACUACAUUUCAGUUUACUGUCUGUUUACAAGAAGGCGACUCACGUCUGCUCAAAGGAAGAUUUGAAGACAGUUCUUUUUUCCCAUCACUUUUGAUCUAUUUUCAAAGCGUUCCCAGUAGUUUUUUUUUUUUUUUUGCGAUUACGCCGUUUUUAGCCUCAUUUAACACAAAACUGUAUCGUUUUCGUGUCCAUUUCUACAGAGCAGCAGGAGUUUGUCAGAAAUUUGCCUCUAAGUUGGCGCAGAGUACGCCUGCCCUCAUUUCCUAUCAUCCAUUUGUUUACACACUCUCCCACUAGCUUGCAUCCCCUCACAAGCUAACAUUAGCAGUGCAGUUAAAAUGGUGAGAGAUAUUGGAAUUAUUACAAUUUUGAACCAGAUUCCAGUUUUUUGGCCCACCGACUGAAGCAUCACAUCUACAAGCUUUUUCAAACGUCACAUUCAUUUGAAUAAAUAAUUUUCUUUUUAUAUGUCCUACAUCAUGAGAAAAAGGUUACAAAAACAAGCUAAAAAAAUCAUUUUUCAUUGGAGUGGGUCUUUAAAGAUCCACCCUCUGCUGCACAACUCAAAUACCGGCUGAUCAGGACUGGCCUCGCAGAAUCAGGCUUUGCGGUGGUCCCAGUAGGUUUUAGAGUUCACAGGACUGCCAGCUUCUCUGUCUGCUCUCUGACUGACAGGUCUUAUUUCCUCAAAGGGGAUUUGAAAGUGAUCCUCCAAAGCGAGUCUUAACCAAAUAUCCCCACUGGCAAAAAGGCCGUUUAAGGAAAGUCGAGCUACUGUAGCGUCUGUCAUCACCCGAAUGAUGCAGAAAUCAAAAGACGUUUGGACUAAAGAGUACGUUUAGGAAUAACCCAGUGACUCAACGUGUAACAGCCUGUAAAUUGAUUAAAACUGUUCAUAAAGGAGGCUCUUUUGAGAGCGUGGCGCUUCAAGUGGAAUAAAGAGAGCCUUUUGUAGGUCUUGAUGUUAGCUCGGAUUAGGGACCAAGGUAUCUGUGCCCACCCUGCAGCAAGCAGGUCAGCUGUAGCGAAUAAUCCCCCCCCUCACAAAAAAAUAAAUAAAAUCCACAUCAAUCUGAAUUUAGGCCACAGAGGAGGAGGAAAACAAGCUCGUAUCAGAACAUACUUCAUCAAGUGAAUCAUCUUCCUCGUUUAACGUCUGAUUUGGGCUGAAACGAUUCCAGAUGAGCUCAUCUACCUUUAGCGCCUCCAAAUACCAAAACAUUCAAGCCCGUGACCUGUCACAGCUUCAUUUUCUUUGUUCUACUUUGUAACUUUUCAUUUUGAUGCGAAAGAGUCCGCGGUGUGAAUAUUUGAAGUUUGUUUUCUCUCCGUUAAUACCUACAUGAAAAAAACAGAAACCCUGUCAUGUCGCCUCAUUUGUUUUGUGUUACAGAACCAAAGCUCUCUGCAAACUUUAUUUUUGUACAAUAUUCAUUUUAUAACUUUUUACAGAAGUAAACUUGUUUCUAUUUAAUGAA